AUGUGUUUUUGUGGAUGUUUUGAGAAGUGUUUUCACAGUCGGUUUAAUUAAUUUGUUAAAGUUUUAUGGGACAAAUUGAAGCGGCUUCCCGUUUUGCUAUCCAUCUAAGCUAGCUAGCUAAGUCAGUUGACCCUCGCUUAUCAUUGAUUUCGGACUGUUCUGUGGCUAGCCUAACUUCUAUCAAAUGUGGCUAGCCUAAGGCAAUAUUGAUAGAAUUUAAGAGGAUGCGCCCUGAUUCUACCUGCCACUGGCACCAGAAGCCAAACAUCCCAACUCUCCACUAGAACCAAAUCCAGUAACUAUCAGGAUGCCACUGUUCACGAGAGGUUUGGUUCUGAGUAGACUAGAAAAUGGCCAGCUUUCAAAUUGCUAGCAAGUUUGUUUCUGCCAAGCAAAGACUAGCUGCUUUGGCUUGUCACCCGUCAUAGUCAGGCCUUAAUUGCAACAUCUAAUUUUAGGUGUUGUCACUUUUAAACCUAUUUGUAAAGAUGUAUAUGUCUACUUGCAAUGUCAAAGAAGCCAAGGCAACACUGCACUGAACUUAGUGACUUUGCAUAACUGCGACACAGGAGGAGCUGAAGGGAUCAUACAGGCGACUGUGCAUGCUCUACCACCCAGACAAGCACAGAGACCCAGAAUUAAAGAGGCAGGCAGAGCAGCUCUUUAACCUAGUGCAUCAAGCUUAUGAGGUCCUAAGUGACCCACAGUUACGAGCCAUCUAUGACAUCUAUGGCAAGAGAGGGCUGGAUGUUGAAGGAUGGGAGGUGAUGGAGAGAAAAAGAACUCCAGUAGAGAUCCGAGAGGAGUUUGAGCGUCUGCAGAGAGAGAGGGAGGAGAGACGGCUACAGCAGAGGACCAAUCCCAAGGGGAUGAUCAGUGUGGGUGUAGAUGCCACAGACCUCUUUGAUCGCUAUGAGGAGGAUUACAAGGAUUUGCCCGGAGGGGGCUUCCCACAUGUUGAGAUAAACAAGAUGCACAUAUCACAAUCCAUAGAGGCCCCCCUCACCACCACAGACACGGCUGUUCUCUCUGGCUCCCUGUCAACCCACAACGGAAACGGAGGAGGAAACAUUAACCUGGCAUUACGGAGAGUCACCUCUGCUAAGGGAUGGGGGGAGGUAGAGUUUGGGGCAGGAGACUCACACGGGCCCCUCUUAGGAAUGAAGAUAUUCCGCAACCUCACUGCUCGCUGCUUUGUGACUGCUCAGUGUGGACUCCAGUUCUCAUCCCGUGGCGUGCGGCCUGGUUGCACCACGGUGCUGGCUCGGCACCUGGACAAGAACACCAUGGGUUACCUGCAAUGGCGCUGGGGCACCCAGUCCUCCAUGAACACCAGCAUCGUCAGGGACACCAAGACCAGCCACUUCACCUUCGCCAUGCAGCUUGGGAUCCCUCACUCCUUCAUGAUGAUGAGCUACCAGUACAAGUUCCAGGACGAUGAACAGACCAAAGUCAAGGGCUCAAUCAAAUCAGGCUUUUUUGGGACAGUGGUGGAGUACGGUGCGGAGAGGAAGAUCAGUCGGCACAGUGUCCUGGGGGCAACUGUCAGUGUAGGAGUACCUCAGGGAGUCUCCCUCAAGAUAAAGCUGAACCGUGCCAGCCAGACAUAUUUCUUCCCCAUCCAUCUGACUGACCAGCUCCUGCCCAGUGCAGUGUUCUACGCCACGGUUGGACCACUCGUCUUCUACCUCGCUAUCCAUAGACUUAUCAUAAGGCCCUACGUGCAUGCCCAGCAGGAACAGGACCUAGAGAAGCACCGGGAGAGUUCAGCCUCGGACAUUGCUAGGAAAAAGCAGGAGGCAGAAUCUGCUGUUUUGCUAAUGCAGGAGUCUGUGCGCAGGAUCAUUGAAACUGAGGAAUCCAGAAUGGGUCUCAUCAUCCUCAACGCUUGGUAUGGCAAGUUUGUGACCGACAACAGUCGGAGGCAUGAGCGGGCAAAGGUCAUUGAUGUGUCUGUUCCACUGCAAUGCUUGGUGAAGGACUCCAAGCUCAUCCUCACUGAGGCUACAAAGACUGGAUUACCUGGGUUCUAUGACCCCUGUGUGGGGGAGGAGAAGAGCCUGAAAGUCCUGUAUCAGUUCCGGGGGGGUGAUGCAUCAAGUUCUCUCCCCUGAUGGGGAAGCACUCAGGAUACCAAAACAAUCUCACAGGAUUGAUGCUGACACAUAGGAGCCUCUUUUCUGGACCAAAAGGGACACGACACAAUGUUAAACGUUGACAAUGGAUGGACAGACGUGUAUUGUAGAGACACGGAGUUACUCAUUGUGCCCUAAAAAGUCAUGCAUAUCCACCUUCAUGUUGUCCAUCUAAUUAUGCCGAUGAGACAUGUCAGAAAUGUACUCCGCAGGGGUUGCCCUUUUGAAUGAAAUUCAGUCUAAAGUCUAAAUUCACUCUAAAAAUGGGAUGGUCAUAAUCUUGCUUUCCUCAGCCUACAGUAGUCUAUGGAUCUUUAAAGUACUCUCCUUUCAGGUAUGGCUUGUAAUGUCUGACUCUGUACUGUACUAACACUGCAGUGCCUAUGUGACCCUAUUGAAGGUAUGAAUGCAUCUCUGUAUAUGCCAUAUUAUUAAAGUCUAUUUUUCAAGCUGCAAUAACUCAUUUGGGAAAUUGUGCUUGAAACAAUAUUUUGUCACAA